AUGAUAAAAAAUGCGUACUUACAACCGUAUUAUGCACCGGUCGUACUUACACUUGUUGUAGUCUGCUGGUCAUACUACAAAUUUAUUAUUAUCAUAGGAAUUCUCAGCGCAGUGUUUAGCGUAUUAUGGAUUCUCUACAUAUCGCUAUAUACUUCAGUAGUUAGACCUCCUCAUAUCCAAAAACACAGAAAAAGGUUCAAAUUUUUGAAUAGCUCAGAGUGGGAGAGGGAAACUUCAUCAGUCAUUGCUAAAAAAUCCGACUCCACCGAUAUAAUAUCGGAGUCAUUUCUUAUUAGUGAAACGGUAAAUGACUUCAUAAAUUUGAUUUUACAGGAAUUCGUAGAUGGUUGGUUUGUACAUAUAAGUCAGAGCAACAACCUUUUCCAAGAUAGGAUAAGGGAUGAAUUGGGGGUAGUGGUAAGAAACUUAAAACAGAGAUUAAGUAGAAUUGAUUUUGCUAAGCUCUUGGUGUCUCUGUUACUCCCAGUUGUUCACGAACAUUUCAGGAAUUUCCAGAGGGCAGACGAGGCGGUUAAGUUGAUGACAACGAAUAAUGUAAAUAAUGCAAGCAAAAGCUAUUAUAAUGAUAGCAAUAAGCAUACCAAUGAUGAUGAUGCUUCUAAGAGUAUACCCGGCAGUACUAAUAAUGCUAAAAAAGCUACCGCAAUUACCACCAUAGAUUACGACAUAGCUAUAGCCGAAAAUUACAAUAGAGGAAAGAUAAAUAAGGGUGUCACUGUGCCUAAAAGGAAGGAUAAUGGAAAGAGUGAGCCUAAUAUUCUGAAUUCGAUGGAAAAAGAGUACCUUAGAGAAAAGAUUGAAGCCAUACUUCCAUACCUCCUCAGCGACAAGGAAAAUGAUAAUUCUAUUGUAGCUACUUUGAUUCGAGAAAUAGUUGCCUGUACUGUACUAACUAAUAUUUUCCUGAUGUUACGGGAGGGUGAUUUUUAUAACGUGCUCAUUGUAAAGUUGAUAGGAGAUAACCUCAAACACAGAACACAAGUGAAGCAAUUGCGUAAAGCUUUGGCCGAACAUACAGAAGAAGUACUACCCCAAAGAAGCAUACUCAGUGGCAAUGACAUUUACAAUUCCUUCCUGAUGUCUACUGACUAUUCCUCCUUUAAGAAAAUGUAUGAAAGCAUUUCCAAAAUUAGUUCCAUUGAACAAUUGAAAAACUUGGAAGUACUUUUUAAAUCGAAAAUUCCCACUACAAGAGAUGCAAGCGGUAGCAAAUCUCGAAAUAAGUUUGAGAAACGGUUGAUUUUAGUGCUAGAAGCAAUUAAUUUGAAGUUAAAUCAAUUGAAAAGUUCCGUUGCCAACAGUCAAGAUACAAAGCUUUCUACAAUCUUAGAUAAUUCCACUUCGUUUCAACUGUUUCAAACUUAUUUAACAGGGAAGAACAGAUCAAUUCUACUUGAAUUUUGGAAGGAGAUUGAAGAAAUAAAGGCUCCUUUAGAAGAUGCUUCUUUAGACUACGACGAAGACGAUGAUAGUUCUGAAGAUAUCCUUUCUCUUGGGUAUUCCAAUUCGGAGGAAAUGAUCCGCGUCUAUAAUAAGUAUUUUUACAAUCUGACUUUGGCGAUUAAAAGAUCAUCAAUAGAAACGAUGGAAGAAUAUGUUACUUAUGUGAAAGGAAUUGAAAGUGGGACUAGUGUUAAUGAUUCAGAGAGGAUAAAGCUUUAUCGCAGAGCAAGAAAGGAACUAUUGAAGUUACAGAGUGAUACAUUGCAAAGGCUUCAUGAUGAAGAGUUGAAUGAGUUCAAGAGAUCGGAAUUCUUCAUAAAUUUAAUAGAAAAAGAUACCUUUGGUAUUGAAAGACAACAGAAAAUGAAUUCUCAUACUGGAAAUGAGACAAAUAUAUCUGAAACUGCAUCUUCUCAAGAUAAAAUACAAACUAAGGACGCUCAAGAAAAUAAGAACAUUGGAGGUUCUGAAGGUGAAGUUGUAGGCUCACAGGUAAUUAGGGCUGUCGAAGAUGCGUUCAAUGAAAUUAUGAAGAAUUCUACGUAUAACCGCGAUUCUGAAGGGGAUUCGAUUACUGUAAAUACGAAGGCAGAGCCAAGCACCUCGAUCAAUACAAGCUUUGACAGCGAAAAUACUAAGUCACCUCCCCUCAUUCUGACUCUAAAUAUGAAGAGAGAUUUGUUUGGAGAUCCAGAACCUACUUCUAUAUUUGGAAGUGAUGACAAUGUGGGGGCUCUCUCUGGUAGAUACUCCCGACUUUUUGACGAUGAUGAAAGUGGUGAAGGGACUGAUAAUGAAUCUUUAAAUUAUGAUACCUCGUCUCCAAUGGCUAAUUCUUUAGAGCUUGAUCCAGAUGGCGGCAGUGGGUUUGGCAGUGAUAGUGGAUUUUUGCCAUCUAUGUCACUGCUGCAGGAAGUAUUUCUUGCUGCUCCAGGUAAUUUAAAAUUAACCGAAGAGAUUGCAAAAUUAGAUGAAGAAAUUGACAAAUUAACCAAGCAGUUGAACAUUUUGGUUCCAUUACUCAGAAAGGCAGAAUUGACCAACAAUAUUGGGGAGCUAAAGAUUCUUAGACGAUCCAAGCUCAGUUUGGAUAGAGAAAUCAGCUAUAAAGAAUUACAAAAGCAACAAUACAUAGUCCAAGAAAAUGAUAACAGUUUGUAUGGAAAAUCAAGGGUUUCUAUUCAGUCAUACAUCGUGGGGACAGAUGGGGGUAAAGAAGUUGUAUUAUACAUAGUAGAGGUCCAAAAGCUCUCCAAUGACGAUCCUGAUAUUGUUACGGCUGGUUGGAUUGUUGCAAGAAGAUACAGUCAAUUUUAUAAAUUGAAUGAGUAUUUGAAAUUCAAAUAUCCUAAAGUUGGCAAUACCAAAUUUCCAAAGAGGGCUGUUCUGGUAUUGAAAUUUCAACAGAAGCAAAUUGUCGAAUUGAGAAAGAUAGCUUUAGAGGAAUAUUUACAAGAGAUUAUCAACAUGCCAGAAGUUUGCUCAGACAGAGCAUUCAGAUCAUUUCUCAGUUCAGAAAAUUUUAACAUCGGUAAAGAUCAAAUGUUCGAUAGAGAGGAUGUCCCAAAAAGCACUUCUACCAGAAGUAGCAUAGAAUUGGUUGCAAACAAGCUAUACGGACAAACUAAGCAACUGUUGUCACAAUUCCAGGACCCUGUUAGCAGUGUAACCAGAACUGCCAGUUUGACAACGGCAUCAUCCAAAUCAGACACAACGGCUGUUGACAAGGAAUUGAUUGCAAAUUUAGCAGAAAUGCAAAAAGAAUUGAAACUGUUUGAGGGAAGUACAGAUUCUGUAAAGGAAUCCUUCGUUAAGCCAAUAUGUGAUACGUUAAUAUCCGUAUUUAAAUUGAAUACUUCCAAAACAUGGUUAAGAGGUCGAGCUCUAUUGGUGAUUUUGCAGCAAAUAUUUGGAACUACCAUAGAGAAGAAAGUCUACGAAUUGGUCGAGAAGCAGUUGCACAGCGAGGAGAACAUUCUUGAUUUGUUAACUGCCUUGCAAAACAUUGUUUUUCCAAAUGGUAAAUUCAAGGAUCCCCCUGUAAUAAGAACGUUGUAUGAGCGUUCAACCACCAAACACGAAGCGAAAAUACUCUUUGGGAUAUUUUUCCAGGAAACAUGUGCCAAGUUGUUUGGACAGGGGAAUACAAUGUACGCAUCUACAGGAAUAUUCAAUAUGAUACAAAAUGACUAUUUGAACGAGCACUUGCUAUUUGAAAUGUUUGAUAUCAUAGUUGAAGAGAUUUUUAUAGAACUUAAGUAG